AGGAAAGCACAGUAGGCGCAAACGUGUCAAGGCUUAGGGACUGUACAUACUGACGCCACAACUCGAAGACAAAGUGGAGACGCCUAAUUUAUAGUAAAUAUGAUUCCUAUGUCCUAAUGGAAUUCAAAUGGUUGGAUGAUUGAAGUGGUAAUCUAAAGAAGAAAUUAGAGCAUGAGAAUGAGAUACCCAAAAUUGACUAGAUAAUCUAAUUUGGCUUAGGAAAAGAAAAAGAUGGCUUUACUUAUGAACCGUCAAAUGUGGAGUUUAGUAACGGAUGGUAGAUAACACAAAUUCAAAGCAUCAAUCUUUCCCUCAUAAAUUCUACAUAUACUCAGCCUAAUCCUUGAGGAACUGAGGGUAUGUAGUGGUUAAGAUUGAGGUGCUGUGAACGAUAGGUCACAGAAUUUAGAUUGAUAUCGACAUAGCAGCAUCGAGCAGGGAGAAAAAUGGGGACGAGAAGAGAGCAGCCGCAGUUCAUAGUGAGUCCACAAAGAGAAAGUGGGAACGUAAGCGGGAGUAGUCAUGUUCGGGAAAGGUUAAUCGAAACCAUUGAGACUGAUCAGAUUCUUGUUUCAGAGAAGAAAAGCUGGAAGAACUUUUUUUCAUAUAUGGGUCCUGGCUUCCUUGUAUCCAUAGCAUACAUUGAUCCUGGAAAUUUUGAAACGGAUCUCCAGGCAGGAGCACAAUUUAAGUAUGAGUUACUUUGGAUCAUAUUAGUGGCUUCAUGUGCUGCUCUCAUCAUUCAAUCUAUGGCUGCCAAUCUUGGGGUUGUUACAGGGAAACAUUUAGCGGAACAUUGUAGAUUUGAGUACUCAAAGGUCCCAAACUUUAUUUUAUGGAUUUUGGCUGAAAUUGCUAUAGUUGCCUGCGACAUUCCUGAAGUUAUAGGAACAGCUUUCGCGUUGAAUAUGCUUUUUAAUAUUCCUGUGUGGGCUGGUGUUCUUCUGACUGGGCUUAGCACUCUGGUGCUACUUGCAUUACAACAAUAUGGGGUGCGAAAACUGGAAUUCUUGAUUACUUUUUUGGUGCUUACAAUUGCUGCAUGUUUUCUUGCGGAGCUUGGGUAUGCGAAGCCUGAUGCUUCAGAAGUCAUGCAUGGAUUAUUUGUUCCUCAACUUAAAGGAGAUGGUGCAACUGGCCUUGCCAUUUCCUUACUAGGUGCUAUGGUUAUGCCCCACAAUUUGUUCCUCCAUUCUGCAUUAGUACUUUCCAGAAAAAUACCUCGGUCUGCUAGUGGUAUCAAGGAAGCUUGUAGAUACUAUAUGAUAGAAAGUGGAAUUGCACUCGCAGUGGCGUUCCUUAUUAAUAUAUCUGUCAUAGCUGUCAGUGGUGCAGUUUGCAAUUCCUCAAAUCUGAACCCGGAAGAUCAGAAGAGUUGUAGAGACUUGGACUUGAAUGAAGCAUCAUUUCUACUCAAGAAUGUGUUGGGCAACUGGAGUUCAAAACUGUUUGGAAUAGCAUUGCUAGCAUCGGGUCAGAGCUCGACAAUAACUGGAACAUAUGCUGGCCAAUAUGUCAUGCAGGGUUUUCUUGAUUUACGAAUGGAACCAUGGAUUAGGAACUUGUUAACUAGAUGCUUAGCUAUCGUCCCCAGUUUAGUUGUUGCACUUAUUGGAGGUUCUGCAGGAGCUGGACGAUUGAUCAUUAUUGCUUCGAUGAUAUUAUCAUUUGAACUCCCAUUUGCUCUCAUUCCACUUCUCAAAUUCACCAGCAGUAAGGCUAAGAUGGGUGUCCAUGCCAACUCAUUGAUGCUUUCAGCAGUCACCUGGAUGAUUGGGUCUAUGAUCAUGGUCAUUAACAUUUACUUCAUCUCAAGCAGUUUUAUCAAGCUACUAUUACACAGCAAGCUGAAACUAGUAUAUGCCAUAUUUGCUGGAAUAUUGGGAUUUUCAGGAUUGCUUAUAUAUCUGGCUGCGAUUGCAUAUCUUAUUAUUCGUAAAAAUAAGGAGAGUACUCAGCUUCUGGCAUUAACAAUGCGAGAAGAUCAACAAAUUCCUCGAGAAGACAUAGUAAAUAUGCAACUACCUCAAAGAAGGACCAACAAUGUAGAGGUUGACUAAUGGGUGUCAUGUCUUAGAUUUCAAUUUUGCUAAAAAUCAAAGAUAGUAUCAACUUAUCUAAUAUGAUUUUUAAGUUAAUUUUACGGGCAUUAAUAUCAUCCUUAUUUUAGCUCACAGUACACAGAUAUCAUGAGGUUUGCAACGUUCCCCCAAACAUUGAAGUUUUGAUGAACAAGUUGGCUUUGUAACAUAUAUACAUUGAGAUUUAGCUUCUUAGCUGAUGGAUUUUGUAUUAUAACAGAUAUGUGCAACUCCAUAUGAAGAUUCUCUCUCUUUUUUUUAUAUAGUUUUCAAUUUCUCAUU